AUGCUGUUCAUGACGAGGUUACAGGCGAAGCCGUGGAAAAGCGCAGUGAGUGUGGCGGCUCUUAAUAACGACUUCCCAUCGUCCUCUCCCUCCUCUCCCUUCUCCCCCCCUCCCCUCCUCCCCAACUCCUUCCCCUCUCCCAGAGCUGCUAGGAGCGGUGGAUCGCACAGGCUGCUGGAAGCGGUGGAUCGUACUGUGAGUGUGGCGGCACGAAAUGAGGAUUCAUCUCCGCUUGCUGCUCGUUUUGCUGCCAAAAACGCCCUCCUCCCACCACCUUCUACCUCCGCUCCUUUCCCCCACUCACCUCCCCCAUUUCCUCUCCCAGGGCUGCUGGAAGCGGUGGAUCGUACUGUGAGUGUGGCGGCGCGAAAUGAGGAUUCAGCUCCGCUCGCUGCUCGUUUUGCUGCCAGAAACGCCCUCCUCCCACCACCUUCUACCUCCGCUCCUUUCCCCCACUCACCUCCCCCAUUUCCUCUCCCAGGGCUGCUGGAAGCGGUGGAUCGCACUCUCCCUCCUCCCCCCUGCUCAUCUCCCCCUAUCCUUGCGUCCCUUUCCCCCCAACGCCGUUUCCCUCCACCUCUUUCUCCCUUCUCCCCCUUUCACCUCCCCUCCUCCCCCUUCCUCCCAGAGCUGCUAGAAGCGGUGGAUCGCACAGUGAGUGUGGCGGCACGCAAUGAGGAUUCAGCUCUGGAGGAGCAGCUAGCAGCACUAGAGCCUGUGGGAGUGCGCAAGGCACCAGCAGCAAGGGAGAAGGGCAAACUAGACAGGUCGAAAUCAAAGCCAACCUCUUCUAGAGCCACUAACGGGGCAGCUCUUAAAGGAUCCAUCAGCGCUCCAUCCCUGGAUGAACCUGGAAGCUCCUCCGAAACAGAGGGAAAAGCAGCAGGCACAGCAGGGGUGCGAGGGGGGAAGGGCGCAGGUGGCGGCAGGAGAAAGAAGGUCGAGGCGAGCUCUAGUGGAGGGUCGACUGGUGGAGGCUCAACUGGUGGGGGAUCAACUGGUGGAGGUUCAACUGGUGGGGGAUCAGCAGCAGGAGGAUCUAUUGGUAAAGGGUUAACCGGAGGGGGUACUACCAUGACUGUUGGGAGCUUGAUCGCUGCUGGGGCAGGUGCGGGGUCAGACACUCUCCUUGCGGAUAGUACUGCUGCUGCGCGCCUUGAUGCAGCUGCAGCGGCUGCAAGGGCCACUGAUGCAGCUGCAGACAAGAGGGGGGCAGGUGUGGAAGCAGUGGGAGCAGCGGAAGGAGCGGAAGGGGGAGCAUCAGGGGGGUUAGAAGCAGGAGGAAGGGAUGGGAGCAGGAGUUCUGAUGCUAGUAAAGCUUCUGCUGCUGCUGCUGCUGCUGCCACGACCGGAGCUGCAAAAGCAGGUCUGGAUGUGGGGCCAGCAGCUGGUUCGGCAGCUGGGUCGGAUACAGGCUUGGGUGGUGGAUUGGGGAUUGAGGCAGUGACAGGUGCGGAUGCUCUAAAUUUUGGGAGUGCAGCAGAGGCAGGAGGGACAGCAGGGGCAGGAGGGACAGCAGAGCCAGGAGGGAGCCAAGUAAGGGGCGAAGAAGGAGCAAAGAGUGAGGGGGGGAGUGACACGGGUGUGCAGGGUAAUGGCACAGAAGGGGAAGGGUGUGAGGGUAAACCAAGUGCAUCCGUAGAGGCACCUACUAGGGGAGAAAGGAGGGAGUUGGAGGGAUCCAGUGCGGUUGAGAAGCAAGUUGCUGCGGUGGAAGGAGCUCUUCCUGUGUCUGCGGAAGGUGGGGUGCUUUUGUCAGCAGGAGAGUUGGGAUCAGGAUCAGGGUUAAGAGAGCCUGUUGGGAGUGGGAGGAGAGGGGAGUUAGGAGGAAGCGAGGUAGGACGAGGGGAAGCUGCGGGUAGUGAGGAGGAGGGGGUGGAAAGGGAACUGGGGCGUGAUCAGAAUGGGAGGAGGGAAGGGGUGGAGAGUGGUGUAAAGGUUGGUGGCGCGGUUGAGGCUGGAGUUGGGGCUGAGGUUGGGAUUUCUCGGAUGGAUGUGACAGGGGGAGAGGCAGCAGGGGAUGGUGGUGGUAAGGUGGUGGGUGGACUGGGGGUGGUGGGAGGGAAUGACGGUGGGAUUAGAGAGGGGAGGUUAAAGAAUGGGGGAAAAGAAGAGGAUGGGGAAGCUGGGAGGAGAGUAGGGGAGCAAGGGGGGUUAGAAAUGGAGGAGGGAGGCGGAGUGGAAAAAGAAGAGGGCGAAGAGGAGGGAGGGGAAGGAGAGGAGGAGGAAGAGGAGGAGGAGGAGGAGGAGGAGGAGGAGGAGGAAGGGGAGGAGGAGGGGGUUGAGAGGGACAGAAAGACAAGGGAGAAGGUGGUGAAAGCGUCAGAGACUCAGAGGGAUCUCGAGGAGGCCAAGGGACUGCUUCGAUCAGCUACAGGCAUUGGGCAAACCAAGGAGGCCAGGCUUACACGGAUCUGUGCACAGCUGUCAGCGCGGCUGCAGGAGUACAAGGCAGAGAACGAGCAGCUGGAGGAGCUGCUUCACGAGGAGAGGAACAACCGUGGAUCAGUGGAUAGUGUGGUGAGAGCAUUGCAGCAGCAGUUGGCAAGUGCACGGGCAGAGGCAGUGGCAGCAGAAGGAGCAGUGGCAGCGGGGAUGGAAGCUAAGAACAGGGAGAUAGAGGCGCUGUGUGGAGCACUGGAGGAUGCUGAGAGACAUUCCGCUGCUCUCCAAGCCAAGCUUGCCUCCCUGCAGGCGCUCAGAGAGGAGCUGGGUGCUGCUGAGAGGCGCCAUACUGUCUCACCCCACCGUACCAGCAUAGCAUGCUACCGCCCCACCACACCUAUCAUUCCAGCAUGCCCUCUCACUCCACCAUACUGUCAUGCCAUGCCACCAUCCCUACUGCAGGCGAGUUCAGAAGCACUCUCCAAGAACCAGGACUCCACAGAGGCAAGGAUGAUUCAGGCGCUCAGAGAGGAUCUGGCUGCUGCUGCUGCUGCUGCUGCUGCUGCCGGCGCCUUCAUCGCCGCUGCGCUCAGGGAGGAGCUGGGUGCUGCUGAGAGGCGGUGCGACGACGAGCAUGCAGCGCACCUCGCCACACGACAGGAAGCAGCCGCGCAGGAACUGGAGUUGGAGCAGCAGGUGGCGGAGGGUGUGGCGGCGCUCUCUCACUCCUGUUUCACUCACGCUCAACCUUCUCUCACAUUCAAUUCACAGGAAGCAGCGGCACGCGAGCUGGAGUUGGAGCAGCAGGUGGCGGAGGGCGUGGCAGCGCUUUCUCGCAUGCAGAGGGCAGUGGAGGAGCGCACUCAGCGCGUGUCAUCCCUUGAAGAGAAGAUAUCCGUUCUCGAGGUGAGUGUGAGGGAGGGUAGGAUUUGGAGCAGUAGUAGGGGGCAGCAGGGGGAAGAGGGUGUGGCAGCACUUUCUUGCAUGCAGAGGGCAGUGGAGGAGCGCACACAGCGCGUGUCAUCCCUUGAAGAGAAGAUAUCUGUUCUUGAGAUGGAGUGCAGCAGUCUCAACAGCGAGCUACAAGCACACGACGACAAGGCAAAGAGGGACCUCCGACGACCAGUCUCAGCAGAUGACCCCUCCGUCCUCGCGCAGGCCAAGGGGUAUCUCAGGCGACCAGUCACAGCAGACGACCCCUCCGUCCUCGCGCAGGCCAAGGGGGAUCUCAGGCGACCAGUCGCAGCAGACGACCCUUCCGUCCCCGCCCAGGUGCAGGCAUGGAAGGAGGAGGCAGAGCGAGCGAGGCAGCUGCUUUUGACGCAGCUCUGUCUAGCCCCCGUCCCUAUUCCCCACCCGCAUAGCCCCCUUCCUCCCUUCUAUCUCGUCGCCCUUGCAUGGUGGCAGGUCCAGGCAUGGAAGGAGGAGUCAGAGCGAGCGAGACAGCUGCUGCGAGAGGCAGAGGGGAAGCUGGCAGGCAGCGAGCCCGCUCUCACUGUCACCCUCUCUCGCUGUCACCUCCUCUCCCCCUUAUCCCCCUAUCCCCCUUACGUCCUAUCCCCCUUACGUCCUAUCCCCCUACCCUGUCUCCCUGUCUCUCUCUCUCCCCCUUAUCCCUCUAUCCCCCCCGAUCCCCCUAUCCCUAUCUGCCCAUGCGUGCAGGCAGAGGUGCAGAAGCUGAGGGUGGAGGCAGAGGUGCAGAAGCUGAGGGUGGAGGUGGAGGCUCACAGGCAUGGAUCCAUCCCGCUUGCGAGUGAAGCUGCGCUGCGAGGGACAAUGUUGGAUCCUGCUUGCCCAUCCUUAACGAGCAAGGAUCCAUCCUUGUCUUUCCCUAUAACGAGCACAUGCCCCAUCCACCUAUCUCUCUAUCCCGUCGUUCCUGGCCCAUCCACAUGCGUGCAGGCAGAGGUGCAGAAGCUGCGGGUGGAGGUGGAGGCUCACAAGAGGGGGGAGGCAUGUGCUGUAACCCUUCCCAAAUUCCUCACCCACCUUACAACCCAUCCAUCCAUCAUUCUCUCCCCUGGCCCAUGCGUGCAGGCAGAGGUGCAGAAGCUGCGGUUGGAGGUGGAGGCUCACAAGAGGGGGGAGGCAUGUGCUGUAACCCUUCCCAAAUUCCUCACCCACCUUACAACCCAUCCAUCCAUCAUUCUCUCCCCUGGCCCAUGCGUGCAGGCAGAGGUGCAGAAGCUGCGGUUGGAGGUGGAGGCUCACAAGAGGGGGGAGGCAUGUGCUGUAACCCUUCCCAAAUUCCUCACCCACCUUACAACCCAUCCAUCCAUCAUUCUCUCCCCUGGCCCAUGCGUGCAGGCAGAGGUGCAGAAGCUGCGGGUGGAGGUGGAGGCUCACAAGAGGGGGGAGGCAUGUGCUGUAACCCUUCCCAAAUUCCUCACCCACCUUACAACCCAUCCAUCCAUCAUUCUCUCCCCUGGCCCAUGCGUGCAGGCAGAGGUGCAGAAGCUGCGGGUGGAGGUGGAAGCUCACAAGAGGGGGGAGGCAUGUGCUGUAACCCUUCCCAAAUUCCUCACCCACCUUACAACCCAUCCAUCCAUCAUUCUCUCCCCUGGCCCAUGCGUGCAGGCAGAGGUGCAGAAGCUGCGGGUGGAGGUGGAGGCUCACAAGAGGGGGGAGGCAUGUGCUGUAACCCUUCCCAAAUUCCUCACCCACCUUACAACCCAUCCAUCCAUCAUUCUCUCCCCUGGCCCAUGCGUGCAGGCAGAGGUGCAGAAGCUGCGGGUGGAGGCCAAUGCAGAAAUGGAGAAACGGUUCAAGGAGUUGACAGAGCUGCUGUGUCUGAAGCAGAGUCAACUGGAAACGAUGACAAGUGAGAGGCAAGCAGCGAUGCUGCAACUGGACAAAGAGAGAAGAGAACUGCAAUUGGCCAAGGCGCAGGCAGAGAGGGACAGAGCGGCACGCCGGUCGAUUCUGAUGGCUGCAGACGAGGAGGACAGCGAGAUGCAGCCUCUGGAGUCCGUGGGUCUCCCCAACCGGCGCUUCAUUGGCAAGAGGAUUCAGCAAGCAGCAAAGCUCAUCGAUCACGGCACAGUGACUGCCGGCCGAGCAAGCAGACGAGCUACUGAACAAGGACCAUGUGUAGCUGCAGAGGCGGCAGCAGACGUCUCAAAACCCUGCCCUCUCUCCCUCCUCCCCAUUCCACAGGAGCAAGCGGACAAGCUGCUGAACAAGGACCAGGUGUACUUGGCUGCAGAAGCUGCAGCAGGGAAUCAGAGAGACGUCUUGAAACCCUUCCCUCCCCUGCUUCCCCCCACUUUCACGCCUCUUUCCCUCGCCCAGGAGCAAGCAGACAAGCUUCUGAACAAGGACCAGGAGCAAGUGGACGAGCUGCUGAACAAGGACCAGGUGUACUUGGCUGCAGAAGCGGCAGCAGGGUAUCAGAGAGACGUCUUGAAACCCUUCCCUCCCCCACUUCCCCCCACUUUCACGCCUCUUUCCCUUGCCCAGGAGCAAGCAGACGAGCUUCUGAACAAGGACCAGGUCUACUUGGCUGCAGAGGCGGCUGCAUGGCUCUGGGCUAAAACGUCACAAAAUACCUCCUGCUCUCCCGCUCCUGCUCUCCAUUUUUUCCCCCACCCCCAGGAGCAAGCAGACGAGCUGCUGAACAAGGACCAGGUGUACUUGGCUGCAGAGGCGGCAGCAGGGAUUGUGAAGCCCCACCCCGCUCGUCGUUAG